CCUACCUGGUGAGAAAUCAGAAGAAAAGUUGGCAUUAAAAAUAGGGAGGCCAAUAAGGGUGGAAGGGGAGGAAACUGAUAUGAAAGCAACUCCGGAAACCAAUUGCUAGGGAAAAGGACAAAGGCUGUCAGAGAAAGAGCUGCAGUGGGAGCUACCCAGGGACAAGUGAUCAGAAGGGAGGAAACAGGCCCACGUGCUCCCAACAUACCCCAAACUCACCUCUGUUGGUCAGAACUACAAUUGGUUAUCUGAGCUUACCUCCAGAGUACCGGUUGCAUUAUAGAUGUUACUAAUCUUGAAACUGUCUUGAUUUAAAAGAGGGAAACAAUUUUUAAUGUGGCAAACAACCUGACAACAUAAAGUGACAACAUAAAGGUAAAGACUUGAGCCUAGUGUGAUUUAAGCUGAUUCCAUGUAGUUUCCUUGGCAAUUUGUUGUUCCUUCUUUAUUCCCUAUAAUCCUGUGAUUUCCUAGUGGUCUCCCAUCAAAGCUCCAGUCAGGACAAUGCUGUUUUCUACAGUAUCUUUCUCAAGAUUAGUACACAUAAGCAGGGAGCUGCCAUUUGUUGUAUUCACGGCUAUUUUAAGGUGCGGGGGGGGGGCUGCGGAGAGACCAGAUCUAAAUGUGUGAGCCAAGGGCCAGUCAAGUGGUGUAUUAACCAUUAAGCAGACUAAGCACGUGCUUAGGGCACCAGGCCCAAAGGGGGCACCACAAAGUUUUAUGUAGCCUAAGCUUGGCUUCGUUUGUACAGUAUGAACAAAGGAGGGGGGCACCAAGAUUUGUCAGUGUUUAGGGAAUCAGUGAGCCUUAAUCCGCCACUGGGCCAGUCUGAUGUUGUCCAAGGAAGCCCAAGUCAUUCGAAAUGGCAACUGAGUAGAAGGCCAAAAACAAGAGCUUCUCACUGAGCCAUUCAGGUCGGGACGCACUCCAGUACAUAAUGGACUAGACACGGUAACCCUGUAUUGUAUUUCCCCCAUCGGCUAGGUCGAAACAAAACACUCCUACGCACUGUUCUAUUUUCCUCUCCUUUGUUUUAGCGGCCCAAAGCAACACUUGGGGCAAGAAGGAAAAAUAUAUUACACGUCUAAGAGAAGCGAAGUUGAUUAGCCAAGCCCGGGAUGCUUUCCUAAAGAGCCCGCCACCCGCCCGCCAUGCAAAUGAGAUUCUCCGGCAGGACCUUCGACUAAUCCUCCUCAGCCGUUAAUUAGCAAAGCAAAUAAGCAGCACGGCUUGGGAGUCAUCUCCGGCGUCCGCUUGGGCUUCCCAGCUUUUGACUCGGGGGUGGGGGGGAGGAAUAUUUGGCUCUUUGAGGGGAAAUGGCCACGCGCGCGCGUUCCGGCUAGCGCGGGGGGGGGUUGGGGGGAGUGGAUCCCUAAAUGCGAGGGUGGGUUCGCUGAGGGUGGACUGGAAGGGAGAGGCGGCGGGGGCGGGGGGAGGAAGGAGGUCUGUGAAACGUCAGAAACAGCACAAAGCCUUUGCCACGUAAUUAGAGGCUCCUGUUAAGUCUGGCUCUGCCCUCCCGAGGGCCCUGGAGUUGCCCCGCCCGCCCGCUUGCCAGGCUGCGCCGUUACAAGUGGCAGAGGGCCGCUUGGUCUGGAAGCCCAGCGGUAAGCGGCGCGGAGCUAGCACACUUGCCCCGGCAGCCCUCUUCCCUCAGCUCGCGGGCGAGGAGCUCAGCUGCGCCGCUCAGUCGGCGGGAAGCCUCGGCAAGACGUCCGCCCCUGCCGCCUCAGUUGCUCGCCCGGCUAUCCAAGGAGCGCGGCCGGCUAGGGAGACGCAGGCGGGCGACAAGGUUCACGCUUCAGUCGAGCUUUGCUGGGACUGAGGAGGCAGGACGCGGCUCAUCUGCCGGCUUUGGGCCGCUCCGCGCGGCUUCCCCACCUGGAGCAGCCUCGCGGCCCGGGAAAGCAACAGUGGCCGGCGGGCUUAGCCGGGCGCCUUUCGUCCGGGACUCCGACCGUCCUCCUCUGCCUUGGCUGCCCUCCUCCUACUCGGUCGGAGGAGGCAAAGCCAUGACUUCCAGCUACGGGCACGUCCUGGAGAGACAGCCGGCCGUCCUACCCACGCGCCUGGAGAGCCCCGGCAACCUCGACAGCCUGCAGGCGAAGAAGAACUUCUCGGUCAGCCACUUGUUGGAUCUGGAGGAAGCCGGCGAUUUGGUGGCGGCUCAGGCCGACGAGAGCGUCGGGGAAAGCGGCCGGAGUCUCCUGGAAUCGCCGGGGUUGACCAGCGGCAGUGACACACAGCAGCAGGAUGGUGACCAGCUGAAUUCUGAAGAGAAGAAGAAACGAAAGCAGAGGCGAAACAGGACCACCUUCAAUAGCAGCCAGCUUCAGGCCCUGGAGAGAGUCUUUGAGCGGACACAUUACCCAGAUGCUUUUGUCCGAGAAGACCUUGCACGCAGGGUCAACCUCACCGAGGCUCGAGUCCAGGUGUGGUUUCAGAACAGGCGGGCAAAGUUUCGCAGGAAUGAACGAGCAAUGCUGGCCAACAAAAAUGCAUCCCUCCUUAAGUCUUACUCAGGUGAUAUAACUGCAGUGGAGCAACCAAUUGUACCUCGCCCAGCACCAAGAGCCACUGACUAUCUCUCCUGGGGAACUGCCUCUCCUUACAGUACUGCCAUGGCUUCUUACUCUGCUUCCUGUACCAAUGCCAGCCCAGCUCAAGGCAUGAAUAUGGCUAACAGCAUUGCCAAUCUGAGACUGAAGGCAAAGGAAUAUAGUUUACAGAGGAACCAGGUGCCAACUGUAAAUUAGAGGGCAGCAACCUGUAAGAACAGCCCAAAUCUAGAAAGAAAAGUCCCUGCCUGGGGCAACUGUCCUGCUUUGCCAUUUGUUGAGACCUAGAAACCCCACCAAUCAGAGCUAAAGCAUUGGGGAUAAAAGCAGGAUCCGAAUGAAUGGAAAAGUUUCCAACAUGACGCUACAAAUACAAAUACAAGUACAAAUACAAAUAACCCCACAAUAUUGCCAAAGUGCCAAGAAAUCUCUUCCAAGAGCUUCUUCGCUGAAGGAUACAAGGUUUGAAUUAAUCCUAGGAAUGACUGCAAAUCCAAAGAUCCUGCACUUGACUCUUCUGUGUCCCCCAUUGGACUUCUGUGUUUGCCCCUCACCUCUUUUAUUUGAAGCCUUCUAAAAUACUCUUAAAUUUUAUGCCAAAGAUCCUCAUGGUCAUUGAUGCUCUGAUCCAUUCAAAGCACAAGGCAUCCCAACUGAUGUUGUGACCACCAGCAUAUGCCAGACGCCUUAGCAUCUAAACUUUUAUGUCUAUUGGCUAGAAUCUCGCCUUCUCUUUGCUGUUUGAAGUCAAUUUUGAUUAUAGAUAAGCGUGUCUUACUGUUUAUUCUGCCACAACCUCUUUGAUAUUGUUAUGCUGGUUUCCAAAGAAUCGCUAAAUAUAAAAAUACGUCAUUUUGAACCAAUUUCUACCAAUGUAGUAAAUUUUCAAAUCACAUAGAAGACUUCAUCCUGGUGAAAAUGUAUAAGAAUGUAUUUGAGAUAUUACUCUGUGGAAUUGAAAAGCUGGUACAAACCUACAAAUCUUGGAGAAAUCCAAAGAGCAGAAUCCAGAUGUGCAGGUACUAUAAAUGAAAGUUAAUUUCCAGUGCGAAAAUCAGAGGCCUUAAUACAGAGAUAGGCAUGCUUAAGCCUAUUGUAUUGGACUAAGUCUCCACAUACUUUCUUUGCUACUUCUUUUGUUUCAUGCCACACUCAACAGUGGUGCCUGAAAUCAUUUGAUUUAUAUAUACUGUAUAUAUUUAUAUAUAUAAGAUAUACAUACAAGCUUUGUGAGUUUUCCUUUUUUAUUAAACAAAUAAAAUGAACUGAAAGUG